AUGUAUCAGUCGAGUUUUCUCUGUUUUCCAGGUGAGAGCGACAACGGAUCCCGGCGUCCUCCGCAUCCUGGCGGUCUGCAUGCAGGACUCGAGCUUCGGGGCCGCGAAAGGAUGAGGCGGAUCGACAACGGCCAUGUGCAACGACCGCCUCCGUUCAGGGUGCUCGCGGCACCCGACGGGAACUACCUGUCGCCCUCGGCGAUGCCGCCGCCACCGCCGCGUGCACCCGAGCCCUACAAGAUCGCGCCGUCCUCGACGUCGUCCUCUAGGGCGCACAGGCGGUCCAGCUUCGUGAUCAUCGCUGACUCGAGGCCGGCGUCCCCUGAAACUAGGAGCCCGUCGCCGACACUAGCCACCGGUAGAGUCUCGCCCUUUCGCGGACGCGGGUUCAAGGGGCCGCCACCGCGAUCGAGGUCGAGGCCUCAGUCACCGGAACACGUGGACGCUCGGAGAAGGGGUCGAAGCGAUCGUCGAGUUUCAGUGUCCCAACAGAGCAGUCCAAGAAGAAGCUUGAUACCUCAGCCAACUAGACAGCGUUCAAUUUCCCUGAGCAAGUCGACCGAGCAUCUCACCUCGCCGAAAGGCGUUCGCCACGUGGACUCGAGGAACCGCUUGACCGACUCGCGGAACCGUUUGAACGCCUCUGGUAACAGCAACAGCGCAACGAACCUCGCCACUCGUCGCCAGACGAUUAAAACACCCAGCAAGCUGUCUCCAAUCCAAGGCACGCCUACCAAACCCGAUAGGACACCUCAGUUCGUUCGGAGGGAUCGUUCCAAAGAUGCCACGAAGACUUCACCGUCGAAGCUGCACAAAUUGGCGACGUCGCCGACGAAAAGCACUUGGAACGCGAAGAAGCAGAACCAAGAGAAAGCGGUCACCUCUAACAAGGCGUCGAGCAAGGAACGAGUCACGUCACCGUCGAAAAUCCCCUUGAAGACGAACAGAGUGGGAACGAAUUCCUUGAACCCAGCUAGAUUCAUCAACAUCUCCACUCAGCCUAACGAUAAAGCUAAAAAGGUCAACGACAAAGGGUCCAAGGAUGCUAAAGGCAGCAAUGAUCGAAGCAACGAGGUCAACCAAAGCGGCACACAGUCGGAAGGCUCGAAGGAGUCCCAGGUCAGCAACAAGAACUCAUCGGGCAGCGAUAGAGGCCGCGAUCUGCAGCUCAUAGAUCUUCUAAAACAAUCUUCCGGUGCCACUGGCACGUCUAGCGUAGUGAACACGACUGCAACGACAGCCGUCCAGCCGCUGCACAUUGACGCGAACGCGCUUCUAAUGGACAAAGACGGUUCCGACAAGAGGAACUCCUCCGAGAAGAGGAACCAAUCGGAUCCUCCUCACAGCAAAUCUUCCAAUUCGUCGAACGACGACUCCCUCGUGAGACAAGGCGCGCAGGACGAUCAGCGUUCGACGAACACGCAGACCUCGAGGUCCAGCAAGCCUAGCAACAACUAUAAUCGAGGGAAGGGUGGAGCCGACAGUAGAAACGAGUCACCAGUUCCAUCGGAAUCCGUUGGCGGCCAUUCGAAGAGCAACAGUAUCAGUCAACCGGCGAAGAGCUUGGCCAAAGUGAACGGCACGGCCAGCAACAAUGGCUCCGCCACCCUGCGAUCGAGUAAGAGUCAGAACGCUGUAAACGAGCAAACUGCGAGGAAUGCUAGAAACGACCAGAGGAUCGAUGGAACGAUCUCGUUGCAGCCUGCGUCCGCCACGAAUUCAAUAAAAUCGAACGAAGUCGAAACGGCGAACGAUGCCUCGAAGAAUUCUUCCAGUAACGAGCCACAGAGACAGACGAUGGUUAGUAGUGCUACGGUGAAGCAAGAGGAGAGGGUUGCCACGAAGACCGGUAACGAGCACGACGCGAGAGUCGUCGGGAACGCUGCGAACGCGGUUCACGAUCAAUCGAACAACGUGUCCGGUACGGUUGGUGCAGUGAACGGCUCGAAAAACGUGAACAGCGCGGGGGUGAAGCCGCGGAUCGGCAAUCACGGGAGUGGCGCGUCCCAGAAAUCGUCCGCGGGCAUGUCGGUCGAGUCGAUCGACAGUGUGCGAUCCACGGAUACCGGGGUGAGCGUGGAUACCGUGAGGGGUGUGUCCUCGCCGAGGGAGAAGACUGGGAUGCAUGUCGUGAAACGGCCCCAGGAGAUCGAGACUUUGAGCGGGAACGUGGUGCACCUGGAGCAAAACGGCGAACCCGCGGUGCUGGCAGCGGCGAACGGCGUCGGUGAACAGCCGCCCGAAAGAUUUUUCACGCGUUGGAAGAGAUCCUUGAGUCGGUGCUGCGAGUGUUGCCCGAGCAUGAGGUGUCUUGCCUGUCGCACCAACCCCAAAGGGUUGGCCUGGUCCAGGAACAAUCCGAGGACCACCACGCUGGCCGGCAGGAACGAGGUUGGACAACAACCUGCUGCCGCGAGGGACGUCGGGUCUGUUGGCUGCUGGCCUAAGUUCAAGAACAGAUGCAGAUGCAACAGACUGAGGGAAAUCAAAUGUUGCUCAAGAAGAUCGAGGGUCGCGCCCGCCGAGGCCGCAGUCUGCUGUCCUCCGGAGAGAAGAUUCGGCGCGAUUUGUCGCCGUUUGUUCGACAGCUGCAAGUGUUGCAAGCGAAAGGCCGAAGCGGAACGCACAAGAAGCAUACGUGCCAAGCACAGUCUUACCAGCGUCGCACCACCCCCAUUGUCGGAGGAACCAAAGGCCAAGAUACCGGACGUUCUGGUGGAGCACAAUUCCCUGAUGCGUGGCGCUAUCCCUUGUCUACCAGUUCCUCUCGCCUGGUUUUGCUUGGUGUGGAACGUUCUACUGCCUGGUUCUGGUACCGUUUGGAGCGGUAUUUUCAACCUGUGCUCGGGCCAACCGAGAUUCUCGGCGGUUGCUGGACUGAAAUCGAGACUCGGAGCGUUCGUGGUGAACCUGGUGGUCGGGGUGGGUCAAUUGUUCACCGUUUUAUUUUGCCUGGUCGGAUGGGGCUGGAGUAUCUGGUGGGGUGUCACUUUGGUGCGCUUAGCUAGGAAAUACAAACGGUUCAAGGCUUCCGAAGCAGCCAGCAACGACCCGGAAGCCAGGGCUGGAGAACCCACGGCACUGCCCCCCGGCGUACCGAGUCAAGCGUUAAGGGGAAUGGAACGAGGCCGAUAAUCGGAACCAUUGCCCCCCAUAAUCCUGGACUCCUCGAGGAAGCAAAACGAUUUUUAUAUAUCAUUCGACUACGAUUCUUCACUACGUGCCUUCUGGAACGCUGCGAGCACGGAUCGUAUUUUUCCCGCUCGCAGAUCCGGCGACCCGCAGCCGCGAAGACAUUUCGAAAAGUAGUCCGCCGAUCAUCUCACCAAUCACGAACGCGUUACUACAAUAUUAUCAAAACCGACCGAGAACUUUGUCCAUUCAAUUUUCCACGAGAAUAUUCGAAAAGCUAAUGUCCGAAUGGAGCGAAUGGUUUCUGCGCGAUUCGUCACGAUCCAGUGUUGUUACGAUAUUAUUAUGAUGGAUCGUGAAUUCUAACAAUUCAAUUUUCCACGAAAUUUUUGAUAAAGCAAAUUUUGGAAUGGAGUGAAAGAUUUUUGGGUGAUUCAUCAUGAUCCAGUGUUAUGAUAUUAGAAAAAUUGAUCGAGAAUUCUACUAAUGAAAAUUUCCACGAAAAUAUUCGAUAAAGUAAAUUUUGGAAUGGAGUGAAAGAUUUUUGGGUGAUUCAUCAUGAUCCAGUGUUGUUACGAUAUUAGGAAAAAUAAUUGAGAAUUCUACUAAAGAAAAUUUCCACGAAAAUAUUCGAUAAAGCAAAUUUUGGAAUGGAGUGAAAGAUUUUUGGGUGAUUCAUCAUGAUCCAGUGUUGUUACGAUAUUAGGAAAAAUUGAUCGAGAAUUCUACCAAUGAAAAUUUCCACGAAAAUAUUCGA